AUGCUGGCCCUGUACCGGCUGGUUGCUCAUAUACCGAUUCCUGGGCUGGAUGACGCGGCGCUGGAAAACCUAUUCAGCAAUAACCAGUUGCUGGGGUUCCUGGACCUGUUUUCGGGUGGCGCCCUGCGGCGGAUGAGUAUCGUGGCGCUGGGUGUUUUCCCCUACAUCACCGCGUCCAUCAUCAUGCAGUUGCUGACCCCGGUUAUCCCGACACUGCAAAACAUGUCGCGAGAGGGCGAAGCCGGCCGUGUCAAAAUCAACCGGAUCGUUCAUUGGGCCACAGUCCCCAUCGCCUUCGCGCAGGCCUUUGCGCAGCUGGUGUUGCUGCAGCAGGCCAACGUGCUGACCAACGUCGGGUUCACCGGCGACGCCCUGCUUCCUACGAUAGCGGCCAUCCUGUCGAUGACAGCUGGCACCAUGUUCCUGGUCUGGCUGGGUGAACUCAUCACGGAACGGGGCAUUGGCAACGGCAUUUCGCUGAUCAUCUUCGCCGGAAUUGUGGUUGGAUUCCCCGGGUUGUUGGCGCAGGGGUUCCUGGACCGCGACAAUAUUAUCGGGGUGUUCUUCUUCGCCCUGAUUGGGGUACUAAUUGUCGCGCUCAUCGUGGUGUUCAACGAAGCGCACCGCCGGAUACCGGUGCAGUAUGGCCGCAGCAUAUUCCGAGGCGGGCAAAUGUAUCGACAAUCCGGCUCGUCAUACAUACCGCUGCGCAUCAACUCGGCCGGUAUGAUCCCGCUGAUUUUCGCCUUCUCCAUCGUGAUUCUGCCCGGCACCGUCGCCCAGUAUCUGACUUCGGCGGGCGGGUUCCUCGGCGACCUGGCGGGCAAUCUCCAGGUCGCCCUCAGCCCCACUGGCCCCAUCUACUGGGUGCUGGCCUUCGUCCUGGUCGUUGCGUUCACCUUCUUUUACACGUUGGUGGUGUUCCAGCAACAAAGCAUCGCCGAAAACCUCCAGCGCAAUGGCGGGUUCGUGCUUGGCAUCCGGCCGGGCCGACCAACCCAGGAUUAUCUCAACCGGGUGAUUGUUCGCCUCACGAUGGGUGGCGCGUUAUUCCUGGGAUUCAUUGCGAUAGUGCCGUACCUGGCAUCGCUGGUGACCAACGUGGAAGCCAUCGCGCUGAGCAGCACCAGCCUGCUGAUUAUGGUUGGUGUUGGCCUGGACACGUUGCGACAACUGGAAGCGCAGUUGAUGAUGCGCAACUACGAAGGAUUCAUGCGAUGA